AUAUUUGGUGAUCGUCUCUCGAAAGAACAAUACGCGUCCCAGCUUGAAAACUGAGAACCAUAUUCAAAUUCAAUCCAAGUUUCAAUCCAUCGCUAAAGCUAAAAAUUAGACAUAUUUGUGGCGCUCCACCCCCCAGUUGAUUGCGCAAAAUAGGAACAGAAACAGCUUUGAAUCAAAUCUUAAUUUUGUGAGCAUUUAGUAAGACAAUCAGACCAAGUUAGCAGCACCUCGCGUAUGUGUAAGCAACAGGCGGAAGCCACAGUUGGAAGCCACAGUUGCAAGCUACAGUUGCAAGCGAGCGUCAGUUGAGAGAAGUAAUCGGUAAAAUCGUGUCCAGAGCGAAUUUCCAAGGAGCUACAAAAAAUGGCACUCAGAGUCAAUUUGCCGAAGAAUUGCGACAGACGCAAGAGAGUGCAAUUUCUGCUGCCGGAGCCCCCGAAGAAACGUACUCUGGGGCAAAUGCUCUUCGAUCGCGAAAAGGGAACCAUCAUGGGCCGAACUCCAAAAACUUGGGCCAAAGUCAUAGCAUUCUACGCGAUCUUCUAUGGUUUUGUGGCCGCCAUGUUCAUCAUGUGCAUGAAGGUUAUGCUCAACGGUAUCAGUAUGACGGAGCCCAAGUUGCAGCUGGAGAAGUCGCUAAUAGGUCGUUAUCCCGGACUGGCAGCUCGCCCGCAGAGCUUUCAAAUCGAGGGCCCCAUGGUUAUUACGAUUGAUUCCGAAAAUCCAAACAAAAACGAUAACUGGAUUGAGCUCAUUGACGAUUUCCUCAAGGAGUAUGAAACCAAUAACACUAAUGUGGACCGUGUGAAGUGCGACUUCGGAGAUAUCCACAGAGCUAGUGAUGUGUGUUUGGUCGAUAUGGAGUUGUUUGGGGGCUGCUCAAAGGCCAAUAGCUAUGGCUACAAGGCGAACGAGCCCUGCAUAUUCAUCAAGCUUAACAGGAUCUUCGGGUGGAAGCCCGAAACAUACGAUUUUCCUAUCAAGGAGAUGCCAGAAGAUCUGCAAGCCCACAUCAACGAGACCGGUUAUGAGAAGCGCCAGCAAAUCUGGUUAAGCUGCAGUGCACGUCUAGGUCUGGGCAUCAAUAGGGAGAACUUUGACAACUUCAGCUACUCUCACCGCCGUGGCUUCCCCGCCUUCCAUUAUCCCUAUCUGAACCAGCCUGGCUACUUGAGUCCGCUCAUCUCCGUUCAGUUCAAAUCACUAAAAAAAGGUCAGAUCUUGGACGUCGAAUGCCGUGCUUGGGCCAAAAACAUCAUAUACAAAGGCACCGUUAGCGAUCGCAUGGGUUCGGUGGCCUUCAAGAUAAUUGUGAACUAGCAAAAGACAAGAGACCAGAACUUUUAUAUACACAUGUAUUUCUAAUAUUCAUAUUCAUAUUUUUCUUGUAUGUCCUACAAAUAUUUGCUCUCUUAUUCAAUUUUUAAAAUGAAGAUUGUGAACCCAGCUUAAUUCUUUUCUGUGAAUUUGCAAAUCAUACGAGUAUAUGCGCAUAAUUGAUAUCUUUGAUGUUUGAAAUGUUUAAAGCAAAAUUUCGUCUAAAGUUCAUGGCAUAUUAUAUGCUAAAUAUGCUAAAAAUUGUGUUUGUAGCGUGUAUCAGAAUUUUCUGUUUCUAUUGGUAAUCUAUUCAUUGAUUGAAAGAGUUUGUGCAUCAUUUUUCAUGAAAUAUAAUCUCGUAUCUUUU